AUGUUGGCGGCCCUGCAAUGGGCAGUCUCGCACCCUCGAGUCCGAGUCAUUGUUCAAUCCGGGGAAGGGAAAUUCUUCACGGCUGGUCUCGAUUUACUUGACGCAGUCAACGAUGAUCCAAAUACCGUCCUUCCUGAGGAAUCCAUCAGGAAUCUGGACGCAUACCACAAACUCCUCAUAACCACAACGGACAAGAUCUUCAUCGCGGCCGUCAACGGUCCGGGCAUCGGCUACGGCACCAGCAGCAUCGCGCUGUUUGACCUGGUCUACGCCGUGCCGGACGCCUACUUUUUCACACCCUUCGUGAAGUGGGGUUUAUGCGCCGAAGCCUGUUCGAGCUACACCUUCGCCCGCACGCUCGGCCGGCAAAAGGCCUCGGCGCUGAUUUUGGGCGAUGAACGCGUCACCGCAGCCGAACUCGAGCGGGCAGGAUUGAUCACGAAAAUCAUCAACCCCCAAAAUUUCCUGCAGGAUGUCAUGGUUGUUGCGUACAGGAUUGCAAGCCUGCCCCCGAAAAGCUUGAUGGCGAAUAAGGAGCUGAUGACGAAACCGUUCAGAGAGGAUCUAUUAAGGGCCAAUGAGGCGGAGUUGAAGUUACUAACAGAAGCGGCGAGAGGGCAGGAAGCCAGACAGGCCAUCCAGGCGUUGGCGGACGAACAGCAGAGGAAGAAAGCAAAAACAAAGGCGAAGCUGUAG